AUGGCGAGAAUUAAUGUUUACCUUUUUGCAUUUAUGUUGCUUUUGACUAUUAAACAAGAGCUCGGUUCCGUUGAAGGCCGAACACUCACCACGUCCACCAUCGGGACGGCUGAGGAAAUCAGCGCUGAUGGCUCUGUGCCGCUAUUACCACCGGCUGAGCCACUUCAGCCGCCACCGAGCCACGGUGUUGAUACCUUUAGGCCCACGGUACCUGGACAUAGCCCUGGUAUUGGACAUUCCGUACACAACUAA